AUGCCGGAUCUUAAGCUCAUCAAUACUUUGCAAAAGCGAAAACUCGAAGCAAUCAUACCACACUCAACCUAUGUAGCAAUUGGGCAAUCAUCCGAGCUGAACAAACUCUUGACAACCCUCAUACAAACCAUAGCAGAUAUAACGAAUACCAUCAAAGUGAAAGAACAACUAGUCAUCCUGAAGACUCAAGAUGAUUGGGACAAGUGGAUCGAGCAGCUGGAAGGAAUGGUUGCACCAACAUUAUGGAAGAAGUACAUAGACCCAGACUCAUCCAAUCCACCAGCUAUACCAACCCUUAAUACGGAGGAACCAAUCAAGUCAGCAUACUCAGCCACCUAUACUACAGUAGUUGAUAGGGCAGAGGAGGACCAGACUGAACGGCCUGAAUACAAUCGAGUCCAAUAA